CUACUACCUCGAGAUUACAAAUUUUAGAUCCUAACAGAGAAGAUAACUGUGAUCAACCAUUUCUAAGUUGCGGAACUUAUACUGAGAGGCUGAUAGGAUGGCGGCAGCUGCUCCACCGCCUCCGCCCACCGCCGCCCCCGACGUCCUCAAGGAGGACCUGCUCCCCACCUCCCACCAUCUCUUCACCCGCAUCCGCCUCGCCACCGCAGCCGACGUCCCCCUCAUUUACAAGCUCGCCUACCAGUUGGCGGUCUUCGAGCGCCUCACCCACGAAUUCUUCUCCACCGAGGCCUCUCUCUCCUCCGCCAUCUUCGCGGAGUCUGACCCCGCGCCGCCGCCGCCGUUCACCGCUCUCACCGUCUUCCUCCUCGAAGUCUCCCCCAACCCCUUCCCUCCCGCCCCCGCCGCAGCAAAUCCCCCCAAUUUCUCCCCAAUUCACAAAACCCUAACCCUAGAUCUCCCAAUCAAUGACCCGGAAGCCCAAACCUUCCAGCCAAUGGGCCUGAAUGACGUAACUGUAGCCGGAUACACCCUGUUCUUCCCCAAGCCCUCCUCAUUCUUGGUGAAACCCGGGUUCUACAUAGAGGACAUAUUUGUGCGGGAAGCCUACCGGAGGAAAGGGUUCGGGCAGAUGCUGAUGUCAGCGGUGGCAGCUCAGGCGGCGAGGAUGGGGGUUUCGAGGGUGGAAUGGGUGGUGCUGGAUUGGAAUGUGAAUGCGAUCAAGUUCUACGAGCAAAUGGGGGCCCACGUGCACCAAGAAUGGCGCAUUUGCAGGCUCUCCGGCGAGGCUCUCCAGGCGUAUGCUCCAUAAUCUCAUCUCUUUUACUGGUCUACUGUGAUAGUUUUCAUCUUUGUUGGUAAUAAUAACUCACCCUGUAGUUUUGAGCCAUGUUGUAAGAUGAUAUGGAUCCCCUCUUUGGAUAAUUUUGUCCUUGUGACUCUAAAAUAAUUUCAAUCCCAAUAUCUUUUGGGAAAUGAGGGACAUAUAUAUAGAGUAUUAAGGGUGAAAAUGUGGGGUUGAUCCAUCAAAAAACAAUAGUGAUCAAAAGUUGACAUUGUAGAUCACAAAUAUUGACAGUGAAAACUUAAAUGAGGAAUAGAUUAAACAUGUCAGU